CAAGAAGAGAUCCGGAUCCGGGAACGGGACGGAACGGGGAGCCGGAUCAGACAGGGCUUCUCCACCGCGCCGGUCCCGGGGCUCAGACCGACUUCACCUCCCACAGAUGAAGCUUCGCCUUCGCUAGUCCCCCGGCGCCCGGGAAGGAUGGUCGCCCUCAGGAAAUCCGUUCUGGCUCUCUGUUCCCUCUGCACCUUCCUCCAAGGUCACCGGUGUUGGGCGCUGGACGGUGUGGAGGUCGUGCCAUGUGUACCCGGCUGUAACCUCGCCCACGGACACUGUGAGGAGGCUGGUGUGUGCAGGUGUGACCCUGGAUGGGAAGGCGAGCUCUGUGAACAGUGUGUCCGAUCUCCAGGCUGUGUACAUGGAACCUGUCACCAGCCCUGGCAGUGCAUCUGCGAGAGCGGUUGGACCGGAAGGUUCUGUGACAAAGAUAUUCACCCGUGCAGUCACCAGAGUCCCUGUGAGAAUGCUGGCCAAUGUUUCGAUGACGGGGAGGGGGAUUACUGGUGUACCUGCCCUGAAGGGUUCUAUGGGAAGAACUGUGAGCUGCAGGCCGGCCCCUGUGCCAAAGCUCGGUCUCCCUGCAGGAACGGCGGGACGUGCUGGGACGAGAAUGGCUUCGCUGCCACCUUGGUGUGCCACUGCCUGGCGGGGUUUGUGGGCCCCCGGUGCGAGACGGACGUGGACGACUGCCUGAUGAGGCCGUGCGCCAAUGGGGCCACCUGCCGGGACGCGGUGAACCGCUUCACCUGCCAGUGCCCCGUCGGCUUUGAGGGCCGCUUCUGCACCGUCAACCAGGACGACUGCGCCGGCAGACCCUGCCAGAACGGCGCCAAGUGCAUCGACCGCGUCGCGGACUUCGACUGUGUCUGCCCCGAGGGUUACUCUGGGAAAACCUGUGCUGAAUCCAUGCGGAGUUACCAGGAGGAGCCAGCGACCAGGGCGCUGGUCGGGGGGCGCCGGGAAAACACUCGCCACUCUGGGAGCGUGACUGACUUCCAGCCGUGGCCAGUCGGUGCCCGGAGCCAGGCUCCGGGUGGCUCUUCAGAAGGUGCCAGCGGGGGGAGGCAGGGCAGUGGGGAGGUGCGGCUGAGGGUGGCGGUGAAGGAGGUGCUGGCGGAGAGUGGGGCAGCCAUCACCCACCAGCAGCUGGUGUGGCUGAGCACCUUCGGGGCCCUGACGCUGCUCCUGGCGCUGGCCACCGUGCUGGUGGUGCUGAGGUGUCGGUCCAGCUACCCUGAGUGUCUGCGGCGGCCAAGCCCCGGGGAGGAUGGCGACAACGGUUUCCUCCGCACUGCGAGUCGCCCAGCCGGGAAGGACCUCUACCUGGAUCCAAUAUAACGGGGAACGUCUCACACAGUCGUUGUCAACCCUUUCUACCGCAGAGCAAACUUUCCGAAUGCAUUCGCAUUGGUGGGUGAGAUAGAAGCACUUAGCGUUGGAUGGCUUGACCUCGACUCUCUCACCCGGGGCUGGGGUGUGCAAAACUUCAUCUGGAUGCCAGGUCAGAGCCAGUGAAUCCCAUGGAGGAAGACUCACAUUCAACGGAGAAAUGUCCCAAGGAGCUCCACCUCUACAGCCAGAUGAAAACCCACACGGAGUGGGUAACGGAGAUUAUCCCUGUCCAAGAACCCACCUGAGGUUUGUGUGCACGAGUUGAACUGGGACUGAGGGGAGUAGCUGCGUCGAGCACAUCAACGUGGAACUGACGGCCAGGACUUCACCGACAACUUCAGACCACCCUGGUGCUGCCCGGGUCUCUGCUCCAUCCAGCCGUUUCACCUCGUACACACACACACUGUGCUGGGAAUGACCUUCCACAGUUAAAUCAGACCACAGGGACCCAGCUACACAGCAAUAGUGACGUGUGAUGUGCUUUGUGACCUGACUUCGGUGGGACAGGAGCAGAUCACCAGAUGUGAGGGGGUGUCUCUGCGCCAGUCUGUGUUAUGUUUUAUGUGCUGAGUGUGUCAGAAAUUUGAACCUCACCCCCCUCUCGGGAGAGGAGGUACCAGGGAACAUGCCUUCAAGCCAAUCUGGCUGCCGUGACAACAGAGGGGUCAUCACCAUGGUCCUCCUGCCAUUGGCUGAAGAGCCGUGUAAUCUCCAUGGUGGCCUGAACCAGGCCCUUCGGCCCACCACGCCCCUGCUGGCCAUCACACACUGACUGACACGAAUCCCAUCUUCCCGCACUUGGCCCAUAGACUUCUGUGCCACGUUGAUCCAAGUGCUCAUCUACACACUCACGUGUUGUGAGAAUACCCGCUUCCAGAUUUCAAAUCCCCUCGGCGUCAAAAAAUUCCUCAAAUCCCCUCGAAAUCCACCUGUUAUCUUGAACCCACCCCCCCUCCCCCCACCUACACUCUGCUGAGGGGAAGCGUUCCUCACUACCCACCCUACCUCUGCCCUCGUGCCUAUCCAGAAUUCCCGCUCCAAGGAAAACUAACCCAGCCUCUCCCGUCUCUCCUCAGGGCUGAAAUUCCCCAUCCCAAAUCCCGGUGAAUUUCCUCUGCGCCCUUUCCAUUGGGAUGGCACCAUUCCUGUAAUAUGGUGACCAGAACCGUACACAGUGCUCCAGUUAAUUAGUGCCUUAUAGAGUUGUAGCAUAAUCUCCCUGCUCCUACAGACAAUGCCCUGGCUAACGGAGGCAAGCGUCCCAUUUACCCUCAUAACCACCUUAUCUGUUGCCUCUGGGAUCCCUGGACGUCUACACCGAGAUCCCUCUGUACCUCAAUAUUCCCUGGUGUCCUAACUUUCAUUCUGUAUGUACUGGCAUCAUUAGUCGCCCUGAAAUGUUUCAGCACACAAUUAUCAGGAUUAAAUUCCAUCUGCCACUGCUCUGCCCAUCUCACUCACUCAUCAACAUCAGUCGAUAGCCCAAGAUCACCCUCUCACCAUUAAUGCUUUGCCGUCUUCGAGCUCAACUAAUCACACCUCCUACAUUGACGUACAGAUCUUAAAUAUACAUAAUAAACAGCAAAUGUCUCAGCACCAAUCCCCCGGCACACCACUGGUCACAGGCUUUCUGUUGCAAAGACAACCCUCCACCGUCACUCUCAGCAUCCUAUCAUUAAGCCAGUUUUGGAUUCAAUUUGCCUGUUUGCCUUGGAUCCCAAAGGCAGUAACCUUUUGGACCUGUCUCCUGUUUGGGACUUUGUUAAAUGCCUAACGAAAGUCCAUGUAGACUACCUGAGUCGCACUGCCACUGCUACUCUCAGUUACCUCGUCAAAACACUCAAAUAAACCUGACAGGAUCUCCCCUGAACAAAAGCAUGCCGUCUUUGAUUAAUCCCUGCCUCUCCAAGUGCAGAUUAAUCCUGUCCUUUGAAUUUUUUUCCAAUAUCUUUCCCAACAUGGACAUUCAACUUACUGGACUGUAAUUGCCUGGCUUACCCCUGCUGCCCCUGAAUACAGGAACCACAUUCACAGUCCUCCAGUCACUGAUGAUUUAGGGCCCCAAACUACUCUUCCGCUACCUCCCACAGCAGCCUAGGGUGCAUCUCAACAGGCCCUGGAGAUUUAUCCACCUUUAAGCCAUCAACGUAUCUAAUACCUCCUUUCAGACAGUGAUUUGUUCUUGAUAUGUUUUUCACUGCACAAACUCCUUUUACGUGGCCUUUAUUCACCUGAAGCCUUUGACUUUGUCAGUCGAGAGGGACUGCAGAAAUUCACCUCACUAUAUGUUUGCUUCAUGACUGUAUACAAGCUGUGAUCCUUCCCAACAGGUCCACAAUAGACUGGAUACCACACCAACACUUUUCAGUGCAUGGCUGCACCUCACCCCCCACAACGUGCUUCCUCCUGGAGUGGAACCUGUCUACAGAACUAAUUAACCCAUGCUGCUUCCUCUCCAGAGACAGAAACCUCCAGGCUCCACCUCCAACAAGCUGUAGCGUACACCCUUGACCAGGGAGAAGGGUUUAAAUUAUGUGGUGCGUAGAGGUGGAUAGUGGGAGCAUUAAUGCAUGUCCUUUGUCUUGGGGAGGAGGGGAUUAAAGUCCUUUCCCUCCCCACGGGUGAUGCACGUACAGAGAACAUGGACCGUGAGGGGUUACAGCAGCGACACUUCUGUUACCAUGCAUUUUGUCAUUAUUCUGCAGCUUCCUCCCGGUAAUAUUUAAUGUUAUGUAUUUCACUCUUGUAGAUAAUUUAUUUGAAGCACUGCUGUAAUGUGAAGAUGAGAUGUUUGGAUUUUGACUAUUUUUGAUACUUGGAGUUUUAGUCUUUAAAGAUUUGAAUAAAGGA